GCCAAAGCGAACGGAUGAGUAUCGAAUCGGUGGAGUAGAAGACAAAACAAAUUUUUUCAAGUAUUUUGGGACGUGAGCACGUCGAGCUGCGUAUAAAGCACCGCAUUAGGCAUAAAUAGCAGUUGUUGGUAGCAAUAUGCAUUUGCAUGUGGCAUUGUGGGCAUGUGGCACGUUGCUGGCCCUGCUGCUGGGCUGGCAGCAGCGCAAGUGCUGGCGCCUCAUCUGGCAGCUGAACGGGUGGCGCGGAGUUGCGCAGCAGCCGCUGCUUUGGCUGCUGCUCUGCAUUUACCUGCAUCCAAAUAGCAUACUGGACAAGGUGACGCGACUGCGUGUGCUCUUCAAGCGUCCGCUGGCCAUACUGCUGGGCACACGCGUGCUCCUCUACAUUGACGAUCCCAUGGGCAUGGAGUGUGUGCUGAAUGCGGCCGAGUGUCUGGACAAGACAUUUAUGCAGGAAGGAUUCUUUGCGCGUCGCGGUCUGUUGCAUGCGCGUGGUCGCAAAUGGAAAUUGCGUCGCAAGCAGCUUAAUCCCGCCUUUAAUCAUAACAUUGUCAUUAGUUUCUUUGAUGUUUUCAAUGAUGUGGGCAAUCAGCUGAUCGCUCAAUUUGCUGCAUUGCCGCAGCUGCAUGGCGCUGCUGUUAAGUUCAAGGAUGCCGAGGAUAUGCUAAGUCGUGCUGUGCUUGAAGUAUCUUGCCUUACCAUUAUGGGCACGCCAACAAAUUUCACUGAAGCGGAUGACGCGCAUAUUGCCACCACCUACAAGCGCUUGCUGGAAAUAUCGGCCAUAAAAACAGUCAAGCCUUGGCUGCAGCUUGAUUUGUUGCACAAACUGUUGGCGCCACAGCUGUAUGAGGAGGCCGAGCGCUGCAAUCAGCUGCUGGUUGAGUUUGUGGCAGAGAUUGUGGCACGCAAGCAUCGCAAUUGGCUGCUGCGUCACGCCAUCGACAAUGAGAGCGGCCAAGCGGAGGACUCACCUUGGCAGCGUCGCAUCUUCAUUGAGCAAAUGUUUCAGCUGGCGGCCAACAAUGAGCUAACGCUGCAGGACAUAGAGGAUGAGGCGCAAUCGAUGGUUUUGGUGUCCUUUGAGACGGUGUCCAAUAGCAUAAUGAUAGCGCUGCUUUGUCUGGCGACGCAUCAGGGCGACUGCCAGGAGCGGCUGCGCGCCGAGAUUGCAACAAUUUUGCCGCAUGGCAACGAUGCCAGCUACGUGGGCGUGGAGCAGCUGCAGCAGCUGCAAUAUUUGGAUGCAUUUGUGCAUGAGGCGCUGCGUCUGUUGGCCACAGUGCCAAUGAAUUUGCGUCAUGUUAGCCGCGACUUUCAGCUGAGCGCGCAUGCGCAUGCGAUUGUGCCACAGAAUACGAUCAUAGUGCUGGACACAUUCAAUAUGCAGCGUGAUCCACGCUGGUGGGGCACACAUGCAACAGAAUUUGAGCCGCAGCGCUUUAUGCAGCAGCAGCAGCUGCAGGAUGAAGAGGAGGCACCGCCGCCGCCGCAUUCAGUGCAGAGCAAGCCGCAGGGCGAGGCGCGUCGGCAUAGCUACAGCUUUCUGCCCUUCUCCAAGGGACUGCGCACCUGCAUAGGUCGUCGCUAUAGCUUCUUCAUCAUGAAAGUUUUCCUGGUCAAGCUGAUUGCCAACUUUGAGUUUCAUUCGGCCAUGCAGCUGGAGCAAUUGCAGUUCGUUGAGGGCAUCUCGUUGAAGUUUCGCAAUGCCGAUGAUAUCAGUUUCACCAUACAGCAGACUAAACCCACUAAAUGUUAAGCUAAGCGCACACACAUAAAUCAAAUCACUUACAAACAUACUCAGCAUACAUUACAUAGGUAUGUACAUAACACUAAAUACUCUACACAUAUUUUUAUAUAUAUCUGCUAAUUUGCAUUAAGCGCUUUAAGGCGUUACAAUUGCAGUGUCAGUUAUUCACUAUAUCAGUUAAUGUCUUGUGAGUAAUUUAAUUUGUUUUUGAUACACUUUAACAAAGCGUAUCAUGUAGUUGUGGCAAGCAUAAAUUAUUAGCAGCAAGAUAAACUCAAAUCGAUUGGGUAAUGUCAAACUGUCUGUCUGUCCGUCUCAGCUAUGGGCAGCCUAAACUUAGUUUUAAAGCGUAUCACGAAGUUGUGCCAAGCAUAAAUUAUUAUCAUUUCGCAUUAGCAUCACAAGCAUAUGAACUACCAGAACUCAGCUAUAUGCAGCCUAAUCUACAAGUUUUUUUUUAAAGCGUAUCAUAAAGUUGUGCCAAGCAUAAAUUAUCAGUAUAUCGCAUUAGCAAGACAAGAGUUGUGUCUGUCUAUAUGUCUGUUUGAACAACAACAACUUAUAAUAGCUGAAUAAUUGAAUAUAUAUAGUUCUAAAUUUUUCAGAUUAGCAGCAUAACUUUCAAUUUUUCCAACUCUCUGCCCAAAACUGACUUGAAAAGUUUUCCUUUUUUUUUUUUGCUGCCUUUACCAUUUGUAGCGCCUUUAGUUACAA